UAGUCUCGCUCCAAACUCGGAACACUUCUGGUAUUCGCGGUCAGUUCCGUUCUCUAGCGGCUCGGCGCGCCACGCUGAUUAACGGCCCGUCGAUUUCCCCACGGACAUUUAACGAUUUCCCAGGGAAAAUGGACACAGUUCAUCAGGAUCGUGUGUACAACGCUUGAAAUUAUCGGCUUGUUGGAGAAUUAUAAUGGAAGCCUGAUUUUAAUAGCGAUUGACGUUUACGUCGAGUAGAGUUUAACGUGCUUUCGUUAAAAGUUCCAAGUUGGUUUCUUUUUUUUACAUCAUUUUUUACGCCGUCGAAGAUUACUAAAAUGUGCGGUCGAUAAAGGAGAAUCUUGCGUAAUCGAACCGUAGCAACGGAGGAUAUUCAGAGAAGCUGAUGGAUCGAAAGUGAUUCUAUUAUAACUGUGCCAGUGUUCGGUUUCGGUUUUUAUUCAAUUCUCGUGACUAUUCGAAGAUCCGUGAACGCCGAGGUCGCGCAAUAUCACGCAAUUGACCAAACAGAAUUCUGUAUGGUCGAUAUAGUGGAAAAAGGACACGUUCAGAGAAGCUUCAGGAUCGAUAGUAUCUUUAUAUUUUUGUCUGUGUUUGCUUCCCUUGUGCCCGUUUCUCCGCCGUAUUUUGUAAUGUAAAUAAUGGAUAGCAGCGGUGCUAGAUAUACGCGGGAAGGAACGACAAUGUACCAAACGGGUAUCGUUCUUUUAUGCGACGCCACGGUUGAAUCAGUUUUGCAGCGACGACUGCGUUAAGAUCAGUCUCUGGCUCCUUGCCACGUGAAAUUUGAUUCACUCCGAGAUUAUAUCGCAGGAAUGCACUCGACUUUGUUACGACGGAAAUUAUGAGUACGAAUCUCUACAGACCAAUAUUUUAUAUAAAUCUUUUCUACGCUAUCGUGUUCGAUUCCCGAUGACCUUCGACACGAACUUCCUUCUUACGAUGUAAAUCCAGAAAUAGUCAGAAUACGAAAGAUUACUUUGCACUGUCGUCUGUGGCAUUUUGAUCGUUUUCUAAUUUUUGCCGCUAACUUCGAUAUGAAGAUAAAAGGAAUUGCUACGUGUAAAAUUGAUUAAAAAUGUACGUACGAUGAAAAAUUUAUUAAACAGAAAUUCUAUCUUUGGAGAUAUUUCACGGAGAAACCAGAAAAACUAGUAAUAUCGUUUUGUACGUGUAAUUAAUAGUUUACGUGCAAUUGAUGAUUUCCUACGUGAAAGAAGAAAGAAUCGCGGCUCACUAUGGAACGGCGGGUUUUUAAAUAAUUCGAGGUUGAAAGUGUCGGAAUUUAGUGAUUUCGUAAGCAACGUUCGUAAAUCAUCGCCGUGGUUCGAUGAGUUUUUGGAAAGUGUCGAUGUCGUAUUGUGCACAGUGGUAUUUCUGGUGACGUUCUCCAAACAAACAACAGUUUCUAGGAUGGCUAGCGAAGUGAUGCUGGCGCCCACCACGGCGCCUGGAACAUCCAGACGGGAAAUAGACGACGUCAGAGAUAUGGUUAGAAACGCGACUGUAACCACCAUUUACGCCAAACAACGUGCCUCCGUAAAAUGGCUCUUGUCGAAGGCGUACAACAACCGAGUGCCAGAAAACCUUCGUGAUCCGUAUUAUAUCGAUAAUGAGAACCAAGAACACCUGAAGCCGCAGAUCGUCCACGCACUUUCCAAUGCGGAACUAUACUGUUUGGCGCUGGCGAACAUCUAUUCGGAUCCAAAUUAUCACAAUCAGAAUCAUUGCGGUAUUCUCCAAGCCUUGGCCAGAAAGGGUGUUUACCUCGCGGAGCCAAACAAUACUCAACUCACCGAAACGAUCCUCAUUCAAAAUUCACCACUCAAGAUGUCCGCGCAUAUGGCUGUGAUAGAGGGCCUGAUGGUCUUGUACGCGAAGGAAGUAGUGACUGGAGAUCGAGUAGUUUCGGCAAUCCGACGGUUCGACCCUCAGGCGGAGGUGGAUGUGCCAGCGGACCACGAGAAAGGACUUCUUCUCUGGAUCAGCCACGCAUCAAAUGCGUUGAUUGCCAAGAUCCAGGCGGAGGAAGGUGCCGGUGAUAAAACGCGACUGCCAGAACUGCCAGCUGCCAAGGACUUCCAAUCGUUAUGCGAUGGUGUCGGCCUUGCCGCCGUUGUGGCCUUCUACUGCCCCGGCGAGCUCAAUUGGAUGGACAUCAGGGUGUCGAAGAGACCGUCGGUCGCGGACGCGCUGCACAACUUGUCGCUGGUCCACGCGUUUUGUAACCGAUGCUUACCCUAUUCCAUUUUUCAUAUGCUACCCGAAGACGUGACGUAUAUGAGGGGGUGCAUGAAGCAAAAUUUAGUCGUUUUCUUGGCGGACAUGUACAACGUAUUGGAAAUUCAUCCGGCGAAAUGUGUACGUUAUCCAGGCGAGGAAAGGGCGAUGCAGUUCUUAGAUGCCUGCCCGCGCAAUAGUCAUGGCGUAGCUCAUAAAAGAAGUCUGCCACAGUCUAUAGCUCCGAUACCUGAUCUGAGAAGCAACCUCUCCGUAUCCGCGCCAGGCUUCACAGUUGCAAAAGCACCGUCAUCCUCCUCUGUCAAGAAGUCACAAUCACUGCAACAAACUGCCGAAAAUUAUUCUCACGACGACAGACGAGCAGGGAGCGAAGAAAGUUUCGUAGUCCAUCGUGGCAAAGGCAUCCCUACGUUAAGCUCCGUAGCAGACGAGAAAUCUAUAACUAGAAUAGAUGCCGCUGGUCGGCCAAGCAAUUGGGAAGAACAGAGGAGAAGCUCGUACGCUGGCCGACGAUCUAGGCGUAACAGUGUUUCGGAUGACUCUCAGCUGACCAUUGAGAACUUUGGUGGAUCUCAGGAUAAUUUACACAACUUCGGCAGAAAUCCAGACAAGGAGGUCGGCGCGCACAUUGGCAAACGAAGCACCACAGAGCCGACACUACCAGCAAGAUCUAGCGUUCAGGAUGUGUACGGUAGCGGAGUGCAGCAUAUUUUAUCAGAUAACGGAUACGAUAAGGAAGAACCGCCGAGAUUAAGAAGACAGACCUCAAACUCUAGCUUGGACAACGUCGCGCUCAAGCAAAUUUUACAUUCCAGCGAGAACGUUAAUUCGGACGGGGAUACGUCCAAGUUAGCCAGCUUCGCGAAUUUAAGCAGGCAAAGCUCCGAGAAGGGGAUCAACUUGACAUACACGGAACAAGAACGCGACGACAGCAAGUCGAAUCUGUCGAGUAAGAAACUUGGCCAGACCAAUGGUAAUAGAAAUGGUGAGAAGAAAACGACGUUCGCCACGUUACCGAAUACGACCACGUGGCAGCAACAGAGCAACCAGCAAUCUCAACAGAUGGAACAACACUCUGUUGCAGACGAGAACGGAGGUAACACGAUUAUGGCCUCACAACUGAAUAAUAUUAGAUUGAAGUUGGAGGAGAAACGACGUCACAUAGAAAACGAGAAGAGAAGGAUGGAAGUCGUGAUGUCGAAACAACGGCAGAAAGUGGGCAAAGCUGCGUUCCUGCAAGCUGUCACGAAGCUGUACUUGGUGGGUAAGGUUAAAUCUCCCUCUUCAUCAACAUCUGGGGGGGACAGUCCGGCUGAAAUUGGUCCCCCCACUCCUGUAACCUCCGGAUCUUCGGGGGAGACCCCGACAAGUGUUUCCGAGACGACCCCCGUAACCCAACAACCCUCUCAAGAAAAACCACAGAGACCCUUCUCGCUCAAGGAAAUUAGUGAGGAUGUUCGGGAUGUUGAACAUAAAUGGUUAGAGCAUGACGGUAACGCCCCAUUUAUUGAAACAAGACGCACUCCAGAUAUUGAGAACAUGGAUCUUGAGCAAUAUCAUCAAUCUAUAUCACAAAUGAAUAACAGUCUUAGUGAAAUACAAGCUGAUAUACAACGUUUAGCAAAUCAGCAAAAUCAAAUACAGCAGCAGCAUUUAAUGACACAGCAUCAACAGCAAAUACAGCAACAGUUUCAGCAAUUGCAAAGUCUUAGUCAACAACAUAUGCAAAAUUUUGGAAUGGCGCCUAUAAAUCCAUUAACAUCCAAAUUACAAGAUACUCAGCAAUCUCAGUUCUAUCUACAUGAUCAACCCCAAUUGCAAAGACGAAUGUGGGGUCAACCACCUCCAACUCAAAGCUUAGCAAAUGAAAUGGCUGCUGUGGGCUAUCAACAAUCAAUGGAUCCACGAUAUAGUACUCAACCAACACCUUAUCAACAAGAUAUGCGCUUAUAUCAAGAUACACGAAAUUGGGGAACGCAUCCACCUCAACAGAAAGGAUUUGUUCUACACGAUACUCCUCAAGAACCGAGGUACCUCAAUGGUGGAGAUCAUAGUCUUUGUAAUAAUCAAAUGAGUCAUCCUGGUCCUACAUAUCCAUCAUCUACAUCUAUCUUUAAUCAAACACCACCAUCUUCUGCUAGUCCACAACAUCGCAAUGCUGUUCAUCGAAUAAGUCAGUUAAUGAGUGAAAGUCCUGAACCAAAAAGGCCAACUGUACAUCAUAUACCGAUUAAGUGUGAAAGCCCUACCGAAAAAAGACAAAUUACUGCAAUGCAUGCACCUGUUCCAGCUCCACCUGUUGAUGACAUGAAGCCUCAGAAUAUAUCAUUUAUUGGAAAUGAUGAUGAGCUUACACAAGGUAUAAGAGGUUUAAACAUCACGUCCGGCAGCCGUACAUAUAGAAUUCCAUCACCAACUAGACCUUCAAUAUCACGUAAUUCAUUUCAACCUCAUCCAUCAUUAAGAGAAGCCACACCAUCUCCAUCAGGUACACCAGAGGUAACACCUUUAGAUCCAACGGAUGCUGGUGAAAAAGGAUUUUAUAUCUGCUUUGAUAAUGACGCGCCGAAGAAACCAAAACCAACCCUUAGAGUGAAAAGGACAUCCCCUAAAAAGGAAAGAGGCGUGUCUUCAUAUGUUGACAGUGAAGAUUUUACGAUGCGUCCUGACUCUCCUUCUGCGAUUGUUAUGGAUAGGCAGAAACAGCUGGAAAUUCAACGAGAUUCUGAUCGAGAAAAGCAGCGUCAGAUAGACGAGAGAGACUUCCAACGGCAAGAAAUUAGAGAUAGAGAAAUACAAAGAGAAGGAGAAAGAGAAAAGCAAAGAGAACGACACGAGAUGAGUGGAGAGAGCCGACAAUCUGGAGUUGGUUUAAUAAUUGGAAAUCAAUUAGCAAAUCCUGAUCCAAAUUCUCUUGAUGAAAUGGAACGGAAAAAAGAACGUAUAAUGCUCUUAUCAUUACAAAGAAGACAGCAACAAGAAGAGAUGAAAGAGAGAAAAGAGGUAGAAGCGCAAGCUCGUCGAGAACAAGAAAAAUUGAAAGCAGAAGAAAGAGCUCGUAAAAAGGAAGAGGAAAGGCAACGAAGGGCAGCUAUUUUAGAACAACAUAAAGUAAAGAAAGCAAUAGAAGAGGCAGAAAGAGAAGGCAAGGUUAUCGAUAAAGAACUUCUUAAUACAAUAAAACCAACGAAAUUGCGUAACAAGACUGCAACAACUCGACCUCGACCCAAAACGAUUCAUGUGGAUGCUGGUACGGAGUUGGAUUCUGGAGCUCUUACGCCGAGCCGUGGAAAGAAGGGUUCUUCUUCUAAUCUAAGUACAGCGUCGCUGACUUCUCCGACGAUGAGGCGAGAUUACUACCGAGGCUCGCAGGACAGUCUCACUGCUGCCCAUUUCGAUGAACGACGUUCCGGCCCUCUUUAUCGGGGCGGCAGUCUCAGGGUAUCUUCCGUAGAUUCACCCGACGACGGUAGAGGUUCCUCCCCUUGUCGAAGUAUGAAUCAACUUGGUCGACGUGGUUCCUACAAAACAUCUAGAGAUGUGCAGGAGCCUCAGCAACAGGUUAGAGGCAGGCCUAAAUACCCGAGUUACCAAAACUUUAAGGGGAGAAAGUCUAAUUCCUUGAUGAAUUUGUGUGGUUCGAGUAGUGAUCAAGACGGUAUGAUGUGUCGAUACACAGAUACGGACAGCGGACUGGGCAGAGCUACACCUCCUAGGAGAGCACCGAGUCCGGGCAUGGGUAGCAUGAGGCAUCUUCCGUCGCCAUCAGGACCUGGUUCUUUACCUCCCGGUUUGAUGACCAAGAGACGCGUGUUCGAUGAUGGUAGCAGCGAUAUCAGUAGUACACCAAGUUCGAUGAUGGACUAUAAUGGUCCGAGAUUGUAUAAACAACCAACCACCAAGUCAAAUCGUGGCAUUAUGCUAAACGCUGUGGAGUAUUGUGUAUUUCCGGGAACGGUAAAUAAGGAAGCGAAGAGAAGAGUUUUGGACGAAAUUGCAAGAUCAGAAAGCAAGCAUUUUCUUAUCUUAUUUCGAGAUGCUGGCUGUCAAUUCCGGGCUCUCUACUCAUACUGCCCAGAUAGAGAAGAAGUUUCAAAGUUAUAUGGUACCGGACCGAAACAAGUCAUGGAUAAAAUGUUCGACAAAUUUUUCAAAUACAAUUCAGGAGCAAAAUGCUUUUCUCAAGUACACACAAAGCAUCUGACUGUGACCAUAGAUGCCUUUACGAUACACAACAGCCUUUGGCAAGGUAAAAAGGUGAAUUUGCCGAACAAGAAAGACAUGCCUCUCGUCAUAUAGUUUUACACAUGUGUCACAUUUUAUGCUACUAUGCCCUCUGUUGUUCAUAGUUACUAUUUUAAUACAGGCCCAUAUUAAAUUAAUGCAAACGUUGCGUUUUUAGUCAAUUUUAUAAAGACAAAUGAUUGAUGCUGACUAACAGCAAGGGUGUGCAAUCAUUUCUAGCAUUUUCUACGAUCGCACACCAUAUUGAACGGCGCAAUGUUACCACGUAUGUUUCGUUUUUUGUAAUUUGUUGUAUCUUUUCCUUUUAUAUUUUUCUUUUGUUUUAUUUCUUGUUUUGUUUUGUUUUUAAGUUAACGUUGGCAUCAAUCACUGUGUCAUAAGUUUAUCAAUAUCUAAUUAAUAGGAAUGGUUUGUUGUCAGUAUAUAAUAUCUUUGCGGACUAACUUCUGACGUGUAAUCGCCUUGUAAUCAUGUAAGCUAUUGUGUUGUAAAUGAAAGUUGUGACUGAUUGAUAAAAGGUAUUAAUUAAUUUUUCUUAUAAAAUUGUUUCUUCUUUUUUGCUAAAAGAGAGGCAGGGCUUUCACAAGUGUCGAACGAACAUUUCGUCUUUAUAUUACAUAAAGUAAUUCGCACAUAUUUCUCUUACGCGUAAAUUAAAACUGUUCUUAAUUAUUAUUAUUAUUAUUAUUAUUAUAAUUAUUAUCAUUAUCGUAGUACCAUUAACUUUUAUAAAUUACUAAACGUAAAUAGAGGAUCAUUAAUUUGAAUAUAUUUUUGACAGAAUCUAGGAAAAGAUUCGAAUUCUUCAAUGUGAUUUUUGUAUUUGAUUAAUUUCUAUUUAACAAAACCAAAACAAUAUUAAUGAGAAUAAAAUGAUUGUUUUGCAUGAAAAUUUCAUUUGUAGAAGUCUCUUCGAUAUUUUUUCCAAAUGAUUUUAAACUUCAAUAUUGUUGCGUACGAUUCGUUGUAACUGUCUUAAAACGUUUUUGUGUUUAAUGUAUAUCAUCGUCAAAGGUGAAUUAAUGAUUCCUCGUUGACCAUGAGAUUUUCGCAGCCGUUAACGGUUGCAGCAGCGUACGUAGAUAAUGUAAUUCGUUUGCUGAAAAGUGUUGAAAAAUACCAGCUCACGGACAAACGAAAAAGGUAAAAAAUAAUAAUAAUGUGGAUUUGUAAAUAUAUAAGUUGAUUCUGAUUAGUGAAAGAAAAUACCAAAUCAGCCUUAAGAUCGAUCUGAAUGUAAUUGAUGUUGUGCGAGGAUGUUUUUCCUUUACAGUAUAGGUACCAUCGAAUAUAAUUUAUAUAAUGCCUCGUUGAUUUGAAUAUCUUGAAGCGAGUUUUGUGAAGUGUGUAUCGGUGUAAGAUUAGAAACUUGCAAGGAUUUGAGAAGGAAGAGAGAAUGAGACCGUACCAAACAGUACCAAAAGUUCGUUUCUUGAGUGAACAGUAAUAAUUUUGGUAACUGAUAGGAAGUGUCUGGAUAUUGAAAACGGCCACGAACUGGUGAAAUCUUUGAUUGAAUUGCUAUUUUUCUUUCCUGCGCGCAAUACAUACUUAUUCUUUACGAUGUAUCGAACAGUUUAAAAUCUUAUGAUAGUUUCGAUCAUUGUAAGAGGAAAGCAGAAGAUGGUUUGGAAUAUAGAAUAACAAUAAUUUAGCUAAAACAACAAAAAUUUUGUUUAUAUUUAAAGUUAUCUUUACUUUAAUUAAUUUAUUUGAAUGUGUCCUAGGCCUAAAUAAUUCUAAUUCAGUGUCCAUAGUCUGCGUUCCUCGUAAUUGAGAAAAGAGACCCUGGAAAGAGAGUGUUAAUGAUUUAUUUAUAAAUGUCUUAGUAUAUUGUUGAAAAUUUUAAUCAAACGGACUAAUGUUUAACCCGUGUUCAUAAGUUGGGUAAUUACCCUCGUGAAUUUUGUAAACAGUAUAUGGUUCUUAUUUUUUCGGAUGAUAAUCGUUCUCUUUCUUUCCUUUUUUUAUUUUUCUUUCUUUUUUAGUAUGUUUCUCAUUUCCUAAUGGAACGUGUCAGUCCAAUUUCAAGCGAAACGAAACAUGCGGUUCUUGUAUUGUACAUGAAGGAUAAUUAGCAUAAUAACGUAAUAACGAAAGAACUAUUUAUUUAUUGUGCCAUAAAUUAUAACUGUCCGCCGUUCGUGUGGGACUGGCACUGAUCUUCCAUCUUGACGAUUCAAUUUUUUUAACGUGUAUGCAAUCCGUUUUUCGUAAUACGCCGAUAGGACGAAUGAAUAGAAACUAGAUAGAGAUAAAAUACAAUUUUUGUACAGAAAUAUGGAGGGUCUAUCUGUCGUAGAAUUUUGUUCUCGAAUUCUUUAUUUAAAUUAUGUUUAGCGUGUAUAUUAUAGCGUUUAUCAAUUUUUUACUUGUCCAAUAUUUGUAGAAUAUAUUUUUUAACUUUAUGGGUCUGUAAAUGGAAUUUAAAGCGAUAAUGUCAUAAGAAAAAAGAAGAAAGGAUAAAAACAAUAUUUGGAUUGGUUCAUUGGAACAAUAGACCCCCCUAUAUUCUGCAAUGGCAUAGCAGAACACGACCGUAUUGAUUAUUCUUAAGUAAUUAUGCAACAUAUCGAAUUUCAUGUUCUUCACAAUUAUAAUCGCGAAAAAUAUAUUUUUAAUUCGCAAUGAUGCAAUAUUUGGUUCAAUCGUCCCGAGAUUAUUUUAUUCAAGCUCACGUUCGAGGUAGACGAUUUGUGUAAUGAAGGGACUUGCAAAACAAAUUUUACUUCAAAUAAGAAAAGAAUCCGUCGAUCGUAGAUAUCCAAAGGAGUUCGUUAUAUUCUAUUCUCUUGUAUUGUAAAUCUAUUGCGUGUAUCGCCGUAAAAAAUGACGAAUAGAGAAAUUUUUGUGAGCCUCAGUCUCCGAAAACAGUCCGACUUGACAAUAUUGAACGCGAAAAUAAGUAAACGUCGUAAGAUGAAUUAUAAGAUUUGAAGACAUAAGUCGCGUUGAGAGCUACGAUAACAAUGUGAACGAACAGUGAAUGAAGAUUUAUGAAUAACGAUAUAAUAGUCACUAAUCUUAAGAAUCAACGGAGGAACACCGGCUUGUGGAGAAGGGAUUGAAAAUAGUAAGAAAAGCUACAAACAGUAAGAGAAAGUUCGAAAAAAGGAUGUGUUACUGUAGGAAGGGAGGAUGAUUGCUUGUGCUUGAUAUUUAUAUUUUUCGAAGCAGAGAAAUAUUAUUAGUGAGCUGUUGGCAAUCGGCGUGAUAAACAAUGAAACGAAAAACACAGAGAUAGGAAAAAAUGGGAUAUAAAUAAUCGCGCUUACUAUUAAUAAACGAUUACUUUUAUGUAAUAAUCCUUCAUUUUUAUUGUCAUAAAUGAAAGAAGUGAAAACUGAAAA